CAAUUUAACAUGGUUCAAAAGUGGGUCUAACGAAGCUACCGGCCAUGUGAGCUGUUAGCUAAUCUUGCUCAGAAAAAUCAAUUAAUUCAAUUCAGUUCAAUUGGAACAUGCAAUCAAAAUUAACAUUUACUUCUGAUUGAAACUAGCAGGAUCCAACCGUCGUUUCCUCAAAAUUUGUUAAUAAUAGAGCUUUUUGAAAUUCAAAUUGAUUUGGCGAUACACAUGUAUUGGAAAUUCGAAUUUACUCGAAAAUUGUUCAGUUUCAUUCACUGGAAACAUCUUCAAUACUGCCCCACAGUUACCUGCUAAAAAGAUUCGAUCUUUCAAAGAUUUUGAAUCCUCCGAAACCCCAUUACAAUUUUUUUCUAGAUAAUUAUCUCCAGGUUUAAUACGAGCGAGAGACUUUUAACAUGCAUACCAAGAUUCAUCCACUUACCUUCUGUUGUUAGUAGAUUGAAAAAUACUCUUUAAGAAAUUGCUCCUCUAAGAGCCGUUAUCUCCACUAGGCGACACUUUUCGUCUUUUGUGACUCUACAUUUUCGUAGAGUUUUUUGCAAUUGAUCUACUCUGUAUACAUAUUUCCUAAAUUGCUUGAUUAAUGAGAUCCCCUGGGUGUUAAUUUUUUGAAAUAUUACGUCGAGUUUAGGUUUAUUGCAAAUGAACUCCAUCUACGGGAAAUGUAGAAAUGUAAGAGCAUAAAAAAUCUUUACUUUCUUUCGAAGCUCCCAAACGGUGUAUUAACUAAAAUAGAAAAUUAAUCAAACUUAUUUUAACAAGUUCAUAUUCCUGUUCGCAUAAACUUUGUCUUUUAAAAACCGCACAAAAUAAUCUAACAGCAUCCAUGUUGAUUAGCGAAAACGACAAAAAAAUAUUAAUCUUCAACAGUCUGUAUCUGGAAACCAUGCAAUUCAGGAAAUAUUUAAAUACGCAAUUUUUUCAGGAGAUCAGAAAACAUGACUCAUUGAAGGAUGUUUCCGCAAAACCUGGUCCGCCCUGUAUAUUGCCUCCAAUAAUUAUUACAAACACCAUCUUUUCACGGGGUUUCAAUGGAAAUAAUUUAAGAUUCUUUAAAUACCAUAGAUUUCAAAAAAGCUAACAUUUUCUCCCUUUGAAUGAUUGCGUUAAAAAAAUAUUUUUCAAUUAUUGGCAGAUAAAUUUAGCAAAUUAGUCAAUGUCAUUAAAAUGCUACAAGGAACAAAUUAGGGGGCAAUUUAAAUUCAAUACAAUGCACCAAGCCAAACAAGUAAAAUAACCGUGGGCAAUGGGUUGUAAGGGCAAAGACAAAACAUCUACAGACGCUUACCGCAGCUCGUGUCAUUCAAAAGCGAGAAACCAAGAAAAGCAGUCACUCACUGAGUGUCAAUGUGCUCAGGUCUUCGACAAUUCCUUCCCAUUCAAAGACUUACCACCACCUGCACCCCCAGAUGGGCGGAGCGAUCUAUGGGACUUGCAGUUUUGUCGCUGGUGGGGUUGGAAUUGGGUGAGAAAACGAGAGGCAAUAGUAGGAGCUGAAGCUAAAUCUGGCCCUCCUAAGCGACCGUGUUUAUCAGCUAAAUACAGGGAAACUAUCAAAGAGGACGGCAGAACAUCUGUAUGCCCCACUUCCAAGAAAACUUGCUUCCUAAGCAAAGAUCCGGAAACAAGAUUUUGCAACCCAUCACCACUCACCCCAAAGGAGCAGUUUAAGGCAAUGUGCAAGUGUUUGUUGGGCAAAAAGAAAACACCCAGCGAAAUUGGAAAGUUAUAUAAUACGCCUUCUGCAAGCAUGAUGGCCUUCCAGAAGCAGGAAAGGCUCAGCUAUGGAGUUGGGGACCGAUCGAUUCAACAGCCUUGCAAAAAUCCAGAAAAGUGCGAUAGGAGGUCGAAAAAAGAAAAAACCAAGGAAUUUCCCAGAGUAACAUCUUUGAACAAGCCACUCGAAGAAUCAACAACACCUUGUUCCGAGCAAUCAUCAACCGAUAGCGUCGUGUGCGAAUCGCUUUAUAGUCAUAAGAAAGAAUCCAGCACCGAAGAAAGCGUUGAGUAUUUAACCGUGAGACUUCAGCAUAUCACCAGCAAUACGUGCCCAUGCCAAAAGCAAAAUAAUUUUAAUGUACAGGAGCAACCAGUGAAAGAUGAGCCGCAAAUAACUCCAGCUACAUGCACGGACACCAAAGAAACCCAAACUCACUUAGUGCAACAGUCUGAGCAACAAACAUCCGCGUCUAUUGAACCAAGUACAUGCCCUGAAAAGCUCAUUAAACUGAAAGGAAAAAAGCACAAAACUAUAUGCAUAAUGGUAUGUUGCUGUGGAACUUGCAAGCAAAACGGAGGCGAACAUAUUCAAAAAUCUGCGGAUGACACUAUGAGCAAACCUGCGGAGUGUGUUUGCCCUCAAUGUCCGAAACUUUGCUGGAAGGAUCGGUCAGAUGCUAUCCAAAAACCCCCAGUAGAAAAAAAUAUAUUGGAAGAAUUUGCAACUUUUCCAAUUUCAGUGCCAUUAAACACGAAAAAGCUAUCGAAGUUUGGAACCCCAUCGAAAAAUUAUGCUUGGAUGCAAACUACUAAUUCCAAUAUCACCACUACAUCCCUCGAUAACAUAGGAAAAUACACCAGCUCUUAUAAGAACGUGUAUGAUUGGUUGGAUCUGGACCUGGAUCAGCACAGUUAUUCUCAGCCAUUAAAUGUGCCUAAUUUCAUGGAUAUUGCUGAAGAUUUAGCGUAUGUAAAGAAAACAGACCCAUCCCGCAAGUCUGCUGCAGAAGAUCGAAUACUCCUGGAUGCAGUAUGUGAUGCAAUUCUUCAAGAGCACGAAGACACAGCCAAUCACUUACUGGACGAAUUGCAAUUUAAUGCAAACAGCCAGCUGAGUACGGAUUAUAACAGUGCCAAUCAUUCAAAAGCGGAUGCAUAUACGGAGCUUAGCCAAGCUUUGAUAAAUACAGAAGACAUUGGAAUACAAUUGUCCAAAGCAUCGGGAGUACAUAAUAUAAUUGAUCGACCUUUACCGAACAUCGACACUGAAGAUGUAGGCGUGCAGUGGUUUAGAAAGCCCGAUUUACAGAGCAUUUUAGAGCAGCCUGAUACUAAAGCACUUGAUCGUAUGAUGAGCAGCAUUAUGGACAAUAUAUUUUCUGACUCCACUCACAGUCUCAAAAAGCCAUGCAUGUAUAAAACUACUGAAGACCUGGAAAAUCGCGAAAAACCAACGAGUUACCCAGAUAAGCCGAAAAACCAUUUUCAAUUCAUUGGAAAAGAAUGCAGUUUUACCAAAACAGGUCUAAUGCCCUUCCGAAGACCUUCAGUAGUACGAAAAAGCAUGAAACGAACAGCUGCUCCAGAAAACACCAGCAAGUGCAAGAAGAAGUUCAAACAGGAGAAUGAAAAGUGUUCGAAUAGUGUCCCAACUGAAGAACCUGGCAAUAAAAUUGGCCAUAUUUUUUCAAAAAUAGAUGACAUCGUUUGUAAGAGUAAAGCGAAAACUGCUGAAAUUCAAAAAGUCCUGCACAGCGCUAGCUGUAACGGCUUAACCGAAAAUAUUGAGCCAAACAGUGUGGAGCCACUGAUGAACAACUGCAAGCGGAAUUAUCGGAUGUCUUCUGAUAACUUUAAAGGAACACUUUAUGAGCCGAAUGAACUAGCAUUUGAUUUUAACUCGAUCAAACAAAACUACUUGCUUACUACUAAUUAUCGUGUGAAGAACUGUCAGGGGCAAGCUUUGAGAGUUACAGAGGAGCCGCAGGAAUAUAGUGGGUCGACUGAGGAACUUCAACAAGGUGCCACUAACAGCUUGAGUUCAAAAACAUCAAAAUUAUCGGUAGCCAGUUUUGUAGUGUGCGAUGAAAAAUCUAAAGUUGAUUUAACCAGUAAUGGUACCAGGAAAGUGGGAAAAAAAGCAAUCAAGAAGAAGAUAGGGAGUAAAGCAUCGCUGAUACCUGUAAGAAAGUGAACGUUCAGCGAUCGUUGAUGGUUUCGAAAUUUAUCGUAGAAUGGCAACAAAUAAAUAUGCGUUGGAAAAA